AUGGAUCAGUGUCGUGGACCCCCUGGUUAUGGAUCAUGGGCUUCCAUGGACUGUGGCUGUGGGGACCCCUGUGAAGGUUACAAAGGUCAGUUCUGCAGGCCGUGGGUCUGCUCUUACAAACUUAGGAAUCCAGGGAGUCUGUCUCUUAUUUUCCUUAAGAAUCAAAGUUUAGUUAACACAAUUAAAGAACAAGCGGUUGUCCUCCUACAGAUGCUCAGUGCUGAGGCUGGAGCAAAGAAGCCACAGACACUGAGGAGAAAGAAGAGAGAGUGGAUCCUUCCUCCUUCCAAGCUGCGUGAAAACACAGACUACACCAACAGCAAAUUCAUUGCCAAGAUUCGUUCUGAUAAAGAUGCAGAUGCCAAGGUGGAGUAUUUUCUCUCUGGACCAGGUGCUGACAGGCCACCUUAUAACCUCUUUGUAGUGGACCAUGACACCGGGUUUGUACGCAUCACUGGUAUUAUAGACCGGGAGGAAUACCCAUACUUCAAUAUAACAGGAAUUGCUAAAUACAAAAAUGGGACUACAGCAGAGGAAGACAUCCCGCUGACUGUCAUGGUCCUGGAUGAGAAUGACAACCCUCCUUAUUUUGAACUGCACAGUGGCACCGUCACUGAAGCAAGCAAAAAAGGAGCCUUUGUUAUGCAGAUCACAGGGAAAGAUGACGACCAAGAUGGGACAGAAAAUUCUGAAUUGGCCUAUAGCAUCAUCAGUCAAGAGCCAGAAGGCUCGGGUCACAUGUUCACUAUAGACAAAAAGACAGGCAAACUGUUUGUCAAAGAGCCCACACUGGACAGAGAGACGUAUGACUUCUACAAACUGGUUAUAAAGGGUACUGAUAUGGGAGGGGCACCAGAGGGGCUAACAGGGACAGGAACUGUGGAGAUCAAGGUCUUGGAUAUCAAUGACAAUAUUCCCACUUUGGAAAAAUCAGACCACACUGGCUCAGUGGAUGAAAAUGUCGCUGAUGUAGUUGUGAUGAGAAUCAAAGCUGUGGACAAAGACCUCGAACACUCAGACAACUGGCUCACUGUCUUCACUAUUGCUGAAGGAAAUGAGGAUAAGCUCUUCUCCAUUGAGACAGACAAAGAAACCAAUGAGGGCAUCCUGAAGCUGAUCAAGCCCGUGGAUUUUGAAAAAAUGCAGACUCUUGAGCUUGGCCUGCUGAUUGAAAAUGUAGCUCCUUUUGUGAAGGGUGGUCCUGUACUGAUGGAUGUAGAUGUUCAGGCUGGAGAAGGUGAUCCUGUCUCAGCUGGAGCUGGUGCUGGAGCUGGUGCUGGAGCUGGUGCUGGAGCUGGUGCUGGAGCCGGUGUGGGUGCAGGGGUAGGACUGGAUACAGGUGUUAAUUUAGGUGUAGAUGUGGGCCUUGAUGCUGACCUGGACGGAGGGGGGGAUGCUGGGUUGGAAGCAGGACUGAAGCCUGAAGCAGGGCUUGGCCCUGGAGCUGGCACUGGACUGAAGCCAGGUGUCAAACCAGAAACAAAGCCAAAGGCACCGCUGAAAAGCUACACCAUUAAGAUUGCAGUGAACAAUAUGCCAGAGAGUCCAGCAUUUGUACCAGACACCAAGAAUGUUCCUGUAUCAGAGGAUCCAGAUGAAGUACCAGAGGAUGGUGUGAUCACAGUGUUUGCCGCUGUUGAUCCAGACACAGGAGAAACAGCAGAAGAUGUCAGUUAUGCCAAAGCCUACGAUCCAGACAACUGGUUUACCAUCGAUAAAGAAACAGCUGAGAUUAAACUCAACAAGGUACCAGACAGAGAGUCGCCGUUCUUGGUGAAUGGUACCUACAUCGCAAAGAUUCUGGCUAUAACCAAAGACUUGCCAUCUAAGACAGCCACAGGAACAAUAGCCAUUCAAGUAACAGACUCCAACGACCACUGUCCCACUCUGACCACCAUCCACAACAGUCUGUGCUCUGAUGAAAAAACUGUUUAUGUCACUGGUUUUGAUGAGGACAAUAGUCCCAACGCUGCUCCAUUCACCUUCAGAAUCAUACCCGAUGGGACACAUGGCAGCUGGGAUGUCGAAGUCAUUAAUGGGACAAGUGCCGCUCUUCACUCAAACGAGGCCCUGUGGCCAGGCACAUAUGAGCUGCAGGUGGAGGUGUGGGAUGCUCAGGGUCUGUCUUGCCCAGCCAAUGAGGUUUUUACUGUGGAUGUUUGUGACUGUGUGGACACCAAGGACUGUGGCCCAAGGGUAGCCAAAGUAGGAACUACAUCAACUAAGCUCUCCACCCCAGCCAUCGGCCUGCUGUUAAUGGCAAUGUGCUUACUGCUGUUCAUCCCUCUUCUCUUACUAUUCUGUCAGUGUGGAGGAGCAAAUACCAUCUUUCCUGACCAAUUUAGUGAUCUGCCAUUUGAUGCCAAAGAACACCUCAUAUCCUACCACACAGAGGGCAGAGGCGAGGAUAAGGAAGUACCACUCCAAAGUGUUCCUGUCCUCUUAGGGACCCAAAAGAAAGUUGGGGCAGUACAGGCACCAAACUUCAACAGUAUUCCUACAAGAAUCCCAGAAACUCACCAUUCAUUGUACAACGAAUCUAUGCAGCAGUUUCAGGAAACCAGUCAGAGUUUCAUGGAGGUUGACAAUGCCUACAGGUUUUCAAGGGAAUCAUUCAAUUAUGGCACUGGCAGUGCUACACUCAGCAGGCAAAUACUUGGCGUUCAAAACACAACAGCUCUGUUUGAGGAUAUAGCCCUAUCUGACGCUUUCCUCAAUGACUACUACUCACAGAAAGCGGUGUGUGCUGUGCCAGCGAGGGACAGUCUGUUGGUGUAUGACAACGAGGGCCAGGGCUCUCCUUCUGGCUCAGUUGGCUGUUGCAGCCUCCUGGAGUCUGACAACGACUUGCAGUUCCUCAAUGACUUGGGGCCAAAGUUCAAGACACUAGCUGAGAUUUGUUCUCCUCCAGCACCAACACCCAAACCUUCCCUGAAAGUAGCAGAUGCUGUCAAAACCACAGUUGUUGAACAGGUUGUUGAGCCCAAAAUUGAGCACACCUUUGAGACAAAACAUACUGAUGUAAAGAGAGAGAAAGUGAUAUCAUCUACUAACAUUUCCAAAUCAUCUGCCAUUACUGUAAGCACUGCCCUGCCAUCCAUGACACUUCCUUGCUCGAAGGCUACUAACAUCAGUCAUUCCUCUAACAUCAGUCAUUCUGCUACUCUGCCCUAUCAAGCUCAGACUGUCAUACUACAGCAGCAGCCAGUUUACUAUGCCACAAGCCCUGUACUACAGCCCAUGCACUAUGUAGUUCAACCACAGUUACAGAAUACUGUUUUACUAGCGGAAGGGGCCCAUGGAACCAAUGUUCCAGGUCUGUAUGUAGUUAGUGGGACACAGAGCACUUCUUCUGGACUUGUAGUCAGAGGGCUCCAGAGUCCUCCUUCUGGGCUUGUAGUCACUGGACCACAAGUUUCUUCUUCUGGCCUAGUUAUCCAGGGCAUUGAGAGCCCCAGAGGCCCCACAAGCCCUACCUGCCCCAUCAGUCCAGUCAGCCCCACUCUGUUGCUACCAAGGAGCCUGAGUUUGUCCCAGGUCUCAGCCCCUGCGGAGGGCUGGAAAAUCACAGGGCCAAAUCCUGAUUGUAAUUAUAUGUUAGUUCAGGACAAGAGUGGUCCAACUGACGCAAAGGGGGUGGACCCAGGCGCACCUCAGGGCACUUUGCCCAGAUGUGCUACCCUGGUAAAAGAGGCUGCCCCCCCUCAGGGGGUGUUAGACCAGGCAGCCCAGGGGAGUGUACAUAGCAUUCUGCCAGGACAUAUUGUUUCUAAAAGGGGGGGUAUAGUUGAAAUAAAUAGAAAUUUGGGGCUAACAUGGAUUGGCCAGCCAGGGCAAAUGGGGUUAGGGCCAGUCACUGUUUUGGGAGUUGGUGUUGGGCAGCCAAGGAUGCAAAUGGGGCAAACGGUGUCAAUGCAGUGCCAAGGAAUUCCUCCAUUGGAGCAAACAGCAGAUGCCAAUGGUAUACCAAAUGCACGUAGACUAGAUACCAGUAAUGUGAAUACCUUCAUUACUGCUGAAACAAUCACAACUCGUCCUCUUUCAAAAGAAGAGGUUUUGAUGAAAAAUUGGUUUAAGGGUGACAGUGAUCCGGCUCAGAAAAUGCAUGAUGAUCAAGCGGCAGAAACACAAUUGGAAGAUAUGAUCCCUUACAUAUCAGAACAGGAGACAAUACUGGAUGAUGGGUAUCCAAGUGAGGUGGUCCAAGAUGCAUUUAAAGACAAUGAGAGUAUGCAAGAGUACCCAACACAAACAUCAGAAAAGCCUUCAAUUGUAAAGGUUGAAGAAAAUAUUGUAAAUUCAUUACCAGGGCCAGAUGUACAGCAAAAAUCAUUUGAGCAGUCUCUCGCAGUGGUAGAGAAACAAGGAGAUACAAUAGAUGAAACUGUGCCCAAUCAAUCAAACAAAACCCUUAAAGCUCCAACAAACAAAGUCACAGAUGUGAUAAGUCAUACAACAGAACCCAAUGACCAACAAGAGAACACAGAGGAAACUAAGGCUUUACAAUUAGAACAGCAGGACAAUCAUGUCCAAGGGUUUUCCCAUGAAGAUAUAUCUGCAGUUACUCAAAUGCCCACUACACAAGUUUUCCUACCUGGAUUAGAUGUCCUUGAUUCAAUCAGUACAGACAAAGAGAAGGAGGAGACAUCAACCUUUUCUCAAGGAGAGGAAUCCACUUCUAUUUCAGAGCACAUCAACAUUUUAGAUGAUAAAAUACAGGAUAACUCAAAGGAAACUGUGGGUAGACAGGAAACAGCAUCUUUGAAAGAAUCAGAGGAACUGGAAGAAGUAGGAGAAACUGUUGUGGGCAGCAUGGUUGAAAGUCCUGGGGACAAAAGUUCUGAAGUUGGGUCAGAAUCUCAAUCAAAUGAAGUCAUAGAUGAUCAAAGAGAAAGGGAGCAGGAGGAAGAUAUCAGCUCGACAGAGAGAGUGGUUUCAAAUUUAGAGAAAAAUCAAGAUAUUACCACUACUGACGGUAUUCACACACGGGGUAAUGUGGAAACAAUAGCUACAGUCACCAAGGAUGAACAUGAAAAGGAAAAGGCCAGGAAGGAGCAACAGUUAGAUUGCGAAAUAAGAGUCAGUACUGUGGGUGCUGAAAUGUCAGCAGCUCCUCCAAAUGAGAGUUCAACCAACACUGUGAAUGACUCUGGAGAACAGCUUAUCCCUGAUCAGGAAGCAAUGCUACAACUACAGGUGGAUCACAGUGAGAGGGACAAGACAGACGAAGGUCAUGCAAAGAUGGUUAUUUCUGAUACUGAUGACAAAAUAUCAUUGCAGACUGACCAAGAGGAAGGAGCUCAGGGUGAUCAGAAUUUGAUAUUAGCAUCAGAUGACAUUACCACUCAAGUGCAAAUCGAGCACUCCAAUGUGCUAACCAUUGCAACAUUAGAGAAACAUCUGCACACAGCAGAAGACAGUAGCUGUGGCCACAAAGAAGAAGAUAAUGAUGAUGCUCAACAAAAUAUAUCAUCAGGAUCAGGAGUAGACCAAGAUAAAAUCAAUGCAGAAGCAGACAGCACAAAAGAUAGAGAGAAAGAGGAGAAUAUUAUGGAGGAAGUGGUGUCACAGGAAAGUUUCAGCACCUCCAAUGACCUAGAUGCAGACAUUGAAAGACACGAUGCAUUGCACACGACUUCUCAAAUACAAGAUAACUGCAUCUCAGAUGUCAGCAUUAGUGAUGAAGAGAAAGAUGAGGAUGUUGUCAAGAAAAUGGCAUCAUCCAUACAGAAAAACAUUAGUCUUUCAGAUGACCGAGAUGAAGAGAUUGAAACAGAAGAUGCAUCAGGAAUGAGUUCUCAAUUAGAGGAUCAGCCCAUCGCAGAUGACAAUAAACAUAUUGGAGAGAAAGAGGAGGAUAUUGUGGAGGAAAUGACAUUACCAAUAUACUAUAAUAUUAACAUCUCUGCUGACCCAGAUGAAGAGAUUAAAACAGAAAACACACCAGUAAGGGGUUCUCCAUUGGAUGAUGAACUUAUCUCAGAUGAUAGCAUUACUGAUGGAGACAAAGACAAGGAUAUUGUGGAGCAGUUGGCGUCACCCAUACAGCAAGAUUGUGGCAUCUCAAAUGACCAAGAUGAAAUGAUUGAUAGAGAAAAUGCAGGAUGCAUGAUUUCCCAAGUGGGAGAUCAGCUCAUCUCAGAAGACAACAUAUGUGAUGGAGUGAAAGAGCAGGAUAUUGUGGAGAAAGAGGAAUCACCUGUACAGCAAACUACUAGCAUCUCAAAUGAAGAUGAAAACAAUGAAAAAGAAGAUGCAUCCCACACAACUUCUCAAGUGGAGGAUAAGCCCAUCUCAAAUGACAGUUUAAGUGAUGUAGAAAAAGCAGAAGAGGCACCACCUAUAAAGCAAAAAAUCUGCAUUUCAGAUGAGAGUGAAAGAGAAGAUGCAUCAGGAUUGAGGUGUCAGUUGGAGGAUCAGCCCAUGUGCUCAUAUAACAUGCAUGAUGGAGAAAAAGAGAGGGGAAAUGUGACAUCCCCCUUACAGCAAAGACUUAGCAUGUCAGAUGAACAAGAUGAAGAGCAUGCAAAAGAAGACACAUCAGACAGGAGUUCUCAAGUUGAGGAAGAAGGAUUUAACUCUUACCAGCUGUUAGAGGAGGACUCUCAAUUUGUAGAGACUGAAUGUUUAUCUGAGAAGGUAGUGGAGAUGUCAAAGGUGACUGGAACUCAAGAAAUGCCUUGUGAAGUUACAACACAUCAAGUAAGGCAAUGGGUAAACUCUUCCCAAGUAAGGGACACAACUCAGGAUAUUGCUAAGAGAAAAAGCACUUUUGCUCAAGACUUAAUGGUGGUUGCUAACAUGGAUGGUUUGGAUGAUAUGGUGACAUCUUCAGAAGAACUGGGAUCUUCCAGGGUGGCCACAGGACAGGUUUCAAUGUCCAAUGAAUUCAAAGGGGCGAGUGGUAGCACAUUGGCAUCUGGACAAGUAGCUGAGGGUGAAAAAAAUCAUUUUGAUAACCAGAACCCAGAAGUAAUUAAAAUUGAACAUGGUGAGGGUGAGUGCAUAGAUCUCACUUUGGAAACAGGCAAAGCAGACAUCAGUUUUGACCUAGAGAUUAGAGAGGGAUUGGAUGCAACUAAUGCAACUGGUCAGGUAUCACCAACAUUUUGUUCAGAAAUUAAAGUGGUGGACAAGACCACAUCUUCAGUACUAGAAACAGACCCAGGUUCGGCAGAGACAGGAUCUCAAAGUUUUAUUGCAACAAAUGAGGUAGCUGAGGAGGCUGGUUACCUGGUCGAGGAUGAGAGUGUUCACAUGACUGGAGAAGAAGCAGGAGUAGAUCCAAACACAAUAGGGCAAGCUGGUUUGGCACAGGUUGUGUCAAAACCUUCUGAUUACAUGCCUGAGGCAGAUGCAAGUGGUGGUCAAGUGCGUCCUGUGCAGCUUCAGACAGAUAUCAGCCAAAGUCUGCGGAACAAAUUCAGAAAGAGUAAAAAGGACUCCAGGAAGAGCCCCCAAAGUCCAAAAAGCCCCUCUGGAAAGUGUAAGCAACAGUAAUUGCUUUCAGUUUAAAGCUGCUUUGACAACUUAAUAGUUUUUCACAGGCUUUAAUAUGGAGGUGACAUGUUGAAAUAGCAACUUUCUGAAAAGAAGGAAGAAAUUACUAGGGCUUUAUGAAAUGACAUAUUAAACACCUUCAAAAAGGGCAGGGGGCUGCUUUGCCAGGCAAAUGUUUUGUGUGAGAUUUAUGUUUAGACCUUCAUGUAGUGAACUGCUCACAAAAAAUAGUGCUGGACUGCUACACGAGUCAAAUGAUGCCAAGUUCUGUGAUGCAGCAAGUGUGUGUUGCACUCGAGAAACCUUUGUUUUGUGGGGCAGGGCAACCUCUGCCAGCCAGUUUCCCUUGGGGAAAUAUUUCAAAUAGCAGAAAGGUGUUGAUUUCUUAACUUCAAACCUCACAACUUUGAGUUGAUGCUAGUUGACUGCACCCAUCACAUUUAUUUCAACCAGCCCCAGCUUGUCUGUGAUCAAUUUAUUCCAGAUGGACAAGAACAGCAGAGACUUCUGGAUUUGUCUCAUUUUAAGUGGAGUUUCCCAUUUAUGACUAAUGCCAAAAUGUAAUUUAGCUGUUCAGGGUUAUGCCACAGUCUCAUUCAGUAGUGGUGGAUAUAUUUUACAUUAAAGCAAACCUUCUGCAGAGUAGCAGCCACUAUAGCCACAAGUGACAACUACAGAGGGUCAAGGCGGAAACAUAACAUAUUGUUAUAAUGAAAGAUAGAUAAGUAAAUAGGAGACCUUAAGUCAGUAAAGUCAAUUAAUCAAAAUCUAUCUAAUGUUUGCCAGAAUUCGCCGCCAUAAGUUACUGGUUAUACUAGAUCAGGUAAGGUUGUAGCAGCAAAACCCUUGAGUGUGGUUUAUUGCUCAUGAAUUAAACUUUUCAUCUGUAAGAGCAUCAGGAAAUUUUGACCAUAUAACUUUGAGGUAUAUUCAUAUACAGUAAUCUAAGACUUCAAGUUACACAUGGAAAAAUCUGCAUUUUGUGUUUGUUAGGUCAUCAUAAUUGUAAAAAUAGGCCUGGUUUACAGCUAUGUUUGCAAACAUUGCUGUUGUAAUAAAACACCAUAACAAAUAUAUAUAAAUUUGAUUUAGUUGCUGCUUGAUAUUACAAGUCAUAGCAAAUGAUUAUGUGUUUGGAAUUAUGGUGGUGGGGCAAACCUUUUGUUUACAAUUGGACAAUUGAAUAUUGAACCUAUUAAUGUCCUGCAUAAUGUAUGUUUAAUUUUGCUAUAUUGUAACUUCUGUGUUCAAGGUUCUUAUUUGCUUGUAACUGAAAUGUAAAGGGGCAUGUUUUCUUUUCUCAUCUUGGACUUUUCUUAUCAUUACUAGAAAGAACAUGUUUAACCGGUUGAAAGAUAAGCCAGAGAAACUAUGCUGGAUUUAUGAACAUACUUGUUGCACCUGUGUGUGUGCUAAGUGGUGGUCGAGUGAUUUAAUAUUCUUGUCACAGGAUAUAAUUACCAUUACUCAUAAAAGUAUGACUAUUUUCAGUAAAAUACAAUUUGCAAAUGCUGACUACUGUCAUCAUUUUAUUUAAUAAGUCAGUAAACUUGACAUAUUGUACGUUGUGUAUAG